UCUCUCUUACUCUUAUGGGUCUUUCCUUGUAAGCAACUACUAUGUAUGCCCCAAGUUAGUUAGCAAAAGUAGAAAACCGCGAACAGCAACAACUUGCACGCUUACAAUAUUAUAUCCGAACAUCAAUAAAUACAGCAAAGAAUUCUCAUGUUCUUCAGCAACAUUCCAGUAGACUGCCGCAGGCCCGCAUGUUUGUGUGAUCGAAGUCCCUCUCAAGUCUCGUCAACUCCGACAGUAGAUCUCAUCCCCUCUCUCUCUAUAUAUAAUAUAAAUAUAUAUAGCUAAGACUGACAAGGCUAGACAAGGCUAGCCAUGGCAGAAACUAGUCUUAUCAUCUACAAGGUCUUUCUGUGCUUCUUCUUCGGCUUCGUAGUUCUCAUCCAGUCCGCCCCCCAGACUGCUCUUAUUACAAAGAUUCCUGGCAUCGCCGAAACUCUCCCUUCCAAACACUACUCUGGGUAUGUGACGAUCGAUCAAAGUCAUGGUAAGAAUCUGUUUUACUAUUUCGUGGAAUCCGAAAGGAACUCGACAAAGGAUCCGGUGGUUCUAUGGCUUAACGGCGGACCAGGUUGUUCCAGCUUCGACGGCUUUGUAUACGAGCACGGCCCAUUUAAUUUUGAAGCAGCAAAGACAAAUGGAAGCCUUCCCCAACUGCACCUCAAUCCAUACAGUUGGUCGAAGGUUUCCAACAUCAUAUAUUUGGAUUCUCCGGCUGGUGUUGGGUUUUCAUACUCUAGUAAUCGAACAGAUUAUAAAACUGGUGACCUAAAGACAGCCUCUGAUACACAUACGUUUCUCCUCAAGUGGUUUGAGUUGUACCCGGAGUUCCUCCCCAACCCAUUUUUUAUUGCUGGAGAGUCAUAUGCAGGAAUAUAUGUGCCGACUCUAGCUAAUGAAGUAGUGAAAGGGAUCGAUGCUGGUAUAAAGCCCAUUCUCAAUUUCAAGGGUUACAUGGUGGGAAACGGAGUUUCAGAUGAUAAGUUUGAUGGGAACGCUCUUGUUCCAUUUGCACAUGGGAUGGGCCUGAUCUCUGAUGAACUAUUUGAGGAAGUUAACAGUGAGUGUAAAGGAAACUACUAUAAUCCACCACUUACUGACCCUUGUCAAAGCAAGCUUGGAAAAGUUGACGAGGACUUGGAAGGCUUAAACAUAUACGACAUUUUAGAACCAUGCUAUCACAGCCCAGAGAUAAGGGAGGUUACAACUGCUAGCAUUAAGUUGCCAUCCAGCUUCCGCCGACUAGGCGAGACUGAGAGGCCUCUUGCUGUGAGGAAGAGGAUGUUUGGUCGUGCCUGGCCUCUUAGAGCUCCUGUGAGACAUGGAAUUGUUCCAACUUGGCCACAGCUUGCCAAUAGCAACAGUGUUCCAUGCACGGAUGAUGAAGUUGCAACUUCAUGGUUGAAUGAUCAAGCAGUCAGGAAAGCUAUUCAUGCAGAAGAGGAAAGCGUGGUGGGUAGUUGGGACUUAUGUACAGACCAAAUCACAUAUUAUCAUGAUGCUGGAAGCAUGAUCCCGUACCACAAGAACCUUACCUCCAGAGGAUAUCGAGCACUUAUAUACAGCGGUGAUCAUGAUAUGUGUGUUCCAUACACUGGGAGUCAGGCAUGGACCAGAUCAAUUGGAUAUAAGAUUGUGGAUGAAUGGAGGGCCUGGAUUUCCAAUGGACAAGUUGCUGGUUAUACACAAGGGUAUGAGAACAACCUCACCUUUUUAACCAUAAAGGGAGCUGGACAUACUGUUCCAGAAUACAAACCAAAAGAGGCAUUAGAUUUUUAUAGCCGGUUUUUGGCUGGAGAACCAAUAUGAACUUUAUGAUGGGAGUCCAUGCAGAUGCACAGCACAUAUUUGAGUGUGAGAGAGAGCAAGAAGAGUCUUUCUGUUCUGGUUCAUUUUUUCUCACUUGGAUAUGUGUUUUGAAUAUAAGGGUAAUUUGAUAAUAUCAUAGGAAUAUGCGAGGAUAGAACAAAUUCCUUGAUUUGGAAUACACUGAUGGUAUUUACAGGUCUCUGUUACUCUGAAAUCCAUUAUAUUAAUAAAAAACUCAAAAUAGCAGUA